AUGGAAGAGUUAAUAAACAAGAACAUUCAUUUCUUUAAAGAAGAAAUAGAAACACUUCCAAAUAUUCAACAAUCAAUUGAUGAUAUUAAUAAACAUUAUCAUUAUUAUUUAGGAAGUAUUAAAAAUGAAAUAUUUGAAAUAAAACCAGAUGAAACAUAUUCAGAAGCUAUUAAAAGAGGAGAAGGAAUAUUUGAUAGGAUGGAUGAAACAGAAAGAAGAAGAAAAUUAGUAAUAGAAAAAAGUCAAGAAACAAUUAACACAAUAGAAAUAAUAAAGAAUCAAAUGAAGAAAAUAAUAGAAGAAUGUAAUUCAGAUGAAGAAAUACUAAGUAAAACACGGAAUACACUAAUCAAUAAAAUCAUUUCAAUUGAAGAAAUGGUCAUGAAAAAUAAAAUAUUCAGAACACCAAAAGAAAAAUAUAAAAUCACUCAAUCAUUUGACAAAAAGAAAGAAGAAUGGAACACAUAUUACAGUGAUUAUUUUGAGAGGAAAAAGAAAGAAGAAGAAGACGAUAAGACCAAUAUAACAACAGAUGUAUUUAAUGCUUAUACAAAUGAUACUACAGAUGUAUCUGAACAAAAUAUUCCAAUUAGAGGAAGUAUAAGAUUGAAAAAUCAUGAAGAAGGAAAAUUGAAAAUAUAUUUAUAUCCAAAUGAACCAUUUAAUCCAAAGGAUGAGAGUGAUGCAAUUGCUAUUUUAGUUGUUGGUCAAACAGGAAGUGGUAAAACAACAUUAUUAAAUAGUUUUGUAAAUGCAUUAUAUGGAAUCAAGAUAACAGAUGAUUUCAGGUAUAUAAUUAUAAAUGAAGAUAAUUUAAAACAAUGUAGAGAUCAAUCCAUAAGUCAAACAAGUGAAGUAUCAAUUUAUAAUAUUAAAAGAACAAAAAGAACACCACCAAUAAAAAUAAUAGAUACACCUGGAUUUGGAGAUACUAGAGGAAUUGCUUUUGAUAUUAAAAUAAUAAGACAAAUAAAAGAAGCAUUUGAAACAAAAGUAUCAGAUUUAAAUGCUAUUUGUUUUGUUGCACAAUCAAGUAAUGCAAGACUAACACUAAAUCAAAAAUAUAUACUUGAUAAUAUUAUUGAUUUAUUUGGGAAUGAUAUGAUAAAUAAUUUUAUUGCUAUGCUUACAUUCUGUGAUGGUAAAACACCACAAACUGUUAAUGCAUUACAAUCAAAAGAUUGUAUUUUCAGUUUAAUUAUUCCAGAAAUAGAUAAACCAUGGUAUUUAAAAUUUAAUAAUGCAGCUAUUUAUGAUGAUGAUAUUAAAGAUGGAUUUACACAAAUGUUUUGGGAAUUCGGAAUGAAAAGUUUUGAUGAAUUUAUUAAAAAAUUAAUAAAACUACCAAGAAAAUCAUUAAAUAAAUCCAGACAAGUUUUGAGGAGAAGAGAACAAAUUAAAACUGAAAUU